AUGUCGAGCCACAGAGAUGCCGCAGCAGCAGCACCGCCGGCCGGUUCACGCGACGAAGAGGAUGCAGUGCCACGGGCAGGCGUGCAGUGGGAGGAGGAUGAGGAGGAGGAGGAGGAAGAAGACGGGGAAGCUAUGAGUGGUGUCAAGCAAUCGGCCAGAGACAUCUUCGACCGCGUGCAGGGGCGGCGCUGGCCGGCCAUGCCCUCCUUCUCCUUCGGGGGAAUCCUCGGCGGAGAGGCCGGCAUAACCGACGCGAUGAACACCGCCAGCGGCGACAAUGGCGUUGAGGAAGGAGGGCCAUCAGGCGGGGGAAUCGUGGACGCUUGGUGGCGGUCUUUCGCCCGAAGUCCUGGCGGCGUUCGGCGGUUUUGGAUGGUAAUCGGAGGCGUUCUCGUCGCCGUGCUCAUAGCGGUGGCGCUGAACGGGGGCGGGGACGGCGAUGUGGAAGGGGACAGGUCUCCCCUAUCUGCGGGGACCCCCCGACACCGAAUCAGCGGGGCCCCUGGCAGCGGCGGCAGCACCAGCACCAGCGGGAGCGCGGAGGGUCCAGGGUCGUACGCGGGGCCAUCCCCUCUACGGCAACGCCUCCAGCACGUGGCCGACACCGCGCUGGCCGACGGGAUAACGCUGCCCAUGCACACCACCUUCGAGGCUCUGGAGGCCAAGGCUGCCAUUGCAACCCCACCAGCAUCCGCGGCAAGCGACGAUCCCUUCGACCCUAGGGUGCUCGAUCCCCGCAUGGAACUGCCCCCGUCCCACUCCUUGGUACUGAACAAGUUCAACACCGUGAGGAACCACGCCUUGAUCAUCACCACGGAGUUCCAGUCGCAGCAAGAGGCCCUCACGGAGGAAGAUUUUGGCGCCUGGUACCGGGUGGUGGAAGAACUCCCUGGCGUUGGUUUCUACAACUCGGCGGUGGACGCGGGGGCUAGCCAGAGGCACAAGCACAUGCAGGUCAUCCCCGAUGAUGCCCUCUGGGACUACCGACCGGCGGCCAACGAGGCCAUACCGGUGGACGAGCCAAUCUCGCGUCUCGUGGGGUCCAGCAGAGACUUUUCCCGGGUGUGGAGGCUGCCGACCUUCCGCUUCCAGCACGCCUUCACCUUGCUGCCGUCCCUGCAGGAGCUAGGAGAAGAGGGGAGUGGUGAUGACGAUCCGUCACGAAGGAUGGCGGCGCACCUGAAGACGCGGUAUGUGGAGCUCCUGCGAGAGGUCGGCUUCGACACCUCAUCUCUUCUCGCUCAAGAGCCUACCCGAACGCCAGGGGACGCCACCGCCUCCACCGUCCCCGUGUCCACGCUCCCUCCCUACAACGCCGUCCUGACGCCGCGGUGGCUGAUGCUGGUGCCCCGCUCCCGCCGCGAGUGGGGCGGCAUCGACGUGAACGGGAUGGGCUUCCUCGGGGCGUUGCUAGUCCGCGACAAGGCGUUCGCGGGGGAGGGGGCCGGCGUGGCAUCGGUCCGCGAGCCCGGCGCGCUCGCGGUGCUGGAAGGGGUGACCUUCGGAGCUUCGGGAUGAUGGUGAUGAUGAUGAUGAUGAUGGAGGUUGGGGGCGUGCUCGUGUUUAGCAUGCCUUAGCGAUUAGACCAUUGACCGGUGAAAUAUGGGAUUGCAAUCGUUAUCCGUUAUCCGGGCGAGCUGUGAUCACUUCGGCUUGGAGAUGAUGAUUUGGGGGGAUGCAAGUUCAAUUUCCAUGGCGAGACGUGAUGACCUUCAGAGCUUCGAGAUGAUGAUGACGACGAUGAUGAUGAUGAUGAUGGUUAUGAUGGGCUAAACUUUUUUUGGGGUAAUGCAUGACUUCCCUCGGAGCUUCGAUCUGAUGGAUGUGAGGGAUACUUUGCAAGUAAAUACCUUGUCGGGUCGAUAUGGUGAUAUGAUGACGAGUCUGCCUGGCUGACCCGGCUCCACCCUCCCCUCGCACCCUCGCUUUUGAGGACGGAACCGCGUAACUAGGUGUGCCACUUUUCCGCCGCCGUUUGCUGCUGGCGGCUGGUGUUUGUGUCAAGUGUUUUGGUUAUUGCUGCUGUAUUGUUGUUUUUGUUUGUGCGGCGGUGUCUUGUGCCCUUUGAGGUGCCGCCCUCUGACAGGUCUCGGCUUGUCCGAGCAAAGAGAGGUUUGUAUGAUGUAUAUGCGGUGUUUUUGUGACGUGGAGCGAGCGUUGGUUGAUGCUGUUUUUUUUUUUUUGGUUUGUGUUGUUUUCAACGACGUCCGUCCGGAGGAAGGGACGCCGCCGGUAAAAAGAGGACGGUCUUAUCUGCAAUACUCCUCAAAUUCUUGUGGUUUUGUGACAUGGAGCGCGCUG